GAAAAAAGAGAAAUUCAAAGAAAAGUGGUAGUUGACAAACUCAACUCAACUCCGAGCGAGCAAGAUGAGCAACGGUGAGGAGAAGGGUUUGCUGUGGAAGCUUCCGGAGUUGAAGUCCAGAGAUCUCGGCAAGGUGGGUCCCGCCUUCGGUUUCGGUGCCGGCUGUGGCCUCGGCUUCGGUAUUGGCCUUCUUGGAGGAGUAGGUAUAGGCCCGGGAAUUCCUGGCUUCCAAGUUGGUUUCGGGGUUGGUGCCGGCUGUGGUGUUGGUCUGGGAUUUGGCUAUGGUGUAGGAAAAGGAAUUGCACAAGAUGAGAACAGGAGGUACUCUAAUGUUGGAAAUCCUUUUCGUGGUUCUGGAAAGAUUAUUGCUGAGGAUGAUAUUACUGCACUUGUGGAUGAAAUUGUCAUUAAUACUAAAAAGCUCAUCAAGGAGACAUCAAAAGAAAUUGAGAAAUGGAGAAGAUGAUUGAAGAGUCCUUAUAUUUUUUUUAUGUACAAUUGUAUACACUAAAGAUCUGUCAGUCAGUAUUUUGUACUAAAUCAUGGCAAGCUCAGCAUGUUGCGACUUGUGACUUGUAGCAGCAGAGUGCAUGAGCAGGACAUGAAAUACUAAAAAUUCAUAUUAGCUGGGGUAUUAUUUGCCCUUCACUAAAAUUGAGUUCCAUUCCACCUCUA